AUACAAUUUAAAAACAAAGAAGAUUCCUCCUCUCUUUUUACAUUUCUCUGUUCUUUAGCAUAACUGUUUUAUUCUUUUGUGGAAUGGCACUCGGUUUCGGGGCAAAAGGAAAUGAGAAUAUAAUUGAUGCCCUUGAUAUUAACCCAAGGAUCAUAACAUGUGCGAAAAGAGUUGGUUUUGUGUCUGCGUGGCAGUUUCUCCGUUCCUCAGAAGGGGAACUACAACAGAGAAUGGGACUUUCCGCAGCUGACAUAGAUCAGUUGCUGAAUGCAGUGACUUCACAUCUUCUUUCUAAGUCUGUCACUGCCUGGGAUAUGUCACAGGAGCAGAAACAAGAUGCAGAGGUUACCCACAUAACAACAGGGUGCCAGGAAUUAGACGAGGUCCUUGGAGGUGGGAUCCCCGUGCGAGGGAUCACUGAGGUAGCAGGGGAGAGCAGCAGCGGGAAGACACAACUUGCUCUCCAGCUCGCUCUCCAUACCCAGCUCCCGUCUCACUUGGGAGGUUUGGGAAAAGGUGUUGCUUACAUAUGCACUGAGUCCCAGUUUCCAGUAGUUCGUCUUCAGCAGCUGAUAGAGACCAUGCUCAAGAGGUAUCCACAAGGACCAAAGACAUACUCUGACAGGAUUUUAAUUCAUCACAUCCCUGAUAUGGACACCUCUGACACUCUAGUUGACUGUGUGAGAUACCAGCUUCCCCGCCUAAUUGCUCAGCGCCAAAUAGGGCUUGUUAUAAUAGAUUCAAUUGCGGCAGCCUUUAGAGCGGAGGAUGGGACCGAAGUUAACAAGACAAUUCCUCUCCAGACUCUGGGAUACAGAUUGCACCAGCUUGCCUUUUAUCACAAGACGGCAGUGGUGGCCAUCAACCAGGUAGCAGCCACUGUUCAAUCCAGAAACUUAUAUGAUAUUACAGGAGACAUUACUCCAGCGCUAGGGCUCUCAUGGUCGAACCUCAUAACCACAAGGCUGUUGCUAAGACGUACAAACCUCACCAUCAAGGCCCAACAGGCUCUGCCACCUCAUCCUAAAAUGCACAGUUCCACGGACAGGAAAUCAGAAACCAGAAAGAAUACCGCAGUGGAGUACAGACUACGGAAAUUGGAAAUUGUUUUCUCCCCAUGGCUCGAACGCAAGAUGGCAACCUUUAUGGUGACAGAAAAGGGGAUUGAGUGUGAAAAUGAGACAGGAAGCAGGUUAUAGCCUGCUGAUAUUGAACUUCUAUUUUUACAUACAUAUAUGCUUUUAUUUCAUGCUUUGAACACAGAUAUAUUUUUUCCCAUGUGGAACAGUAUAUCCUUUCAUUCAUACAUUAGCAGAUGUAAAUAGAAUUUUUUUUUUAGAAAAAAAU